AUGUCCGGUGGUUCUAGCGGUGACAUCGAGGUGCUCACUAGCGCUAGCAGCGUGUCUAGCGGGUCCAUUCGUAUCGGCAGCGGGUCUGGUGACGCUAGUGCUGGGUCCAUCGAGGUAUCCGGUGGCUCUUCUGUGAAUGGUGAAGGGUCUUCGGUGUCUGUGUCUGGAGGCCUGUCGGAGUCGUUGACGGGCGGCAGUGUGACGAUCUUGAGCGGCGACAGUUUGUCGUCAGAGAGCGGGUCGGUGACGCUCGGCUCUGAAGGCGGCGCAAGCACCACUGUGAGUGGCGCGGUGUCGCUGUCGAGUGGGUCGACUGCAACCGGUUCAUCUGGCGCUGUAUCGAUCGCGUCUGGCGCAUCGCCUGUGCUGUCGAGCGGAUCGGUGAGCGUGUUCGGUGGUGAGGCUGUAGGCACCGGUGGGCUCGUGAGCGUGACCGGUGGUAGCAGCUCCGUUGCCGCGGGUGGUGCGUUGGCUUUGGCCGGUGGUGCUGGUGCGACGGGAGGCGACGUGACGAUGUCAGGCGGCGAAAGCAUGUCGGGCACGGGUGCGUCACUGGAGUUGCGCAGCGGAGAAGGCUCGAGCAGCAGUGGCGAUGUGCGGCUGUUGAGUGCCGAUGGCGUGGAGUCGGGCGGCGUGCAUAUUUCGUCCGGCUCGGCGACGAGCAGCAGUGUUUCCGCGGGAAGCAUCAACCUGUCGGUGGGUUCGUCGGUGGCUGACGGCGGCGACGUUGACGUGCGCAGUGGGUCCAGUUCUGAGUCCGCGGCAGGUGACGUGCUACUGACGGGCGGAUCUUCCCUAUUGUCGACAUCGCCUUUUACAGGAGCCGUGGCCGGCGCCGUUCGGCUAACGGGUGGCAGUUCUGCCGGAGAAAAUGCCGGUGGCGACGUGUUUGUGUCAGGUGGCGCUGGCGUCGCGCUGGGCGGGUCGGUGUCCGUGUUAAGCGGAGGCAGUGACGAUGAGUCCGCUGUCAGUGGUAGCGUAACGGUGCGUUCGGCUUCCGGCAGUGCCAGCGGGUCCGUGGAUGUGACGAGUGGCGCUUCGGGAACUGACACGUCUGGCGAUGUAACGUUGGGCAGUGGCGACUCGAGCGGCAGCACAUCGGGAUCCGUAGCUGUGGUUGGCGGCAGUAGUACCGUGUCUAAUGGUGGUUCCGUGUCGAUGCGUGGUGGGCACAGCGGUGGGUCGGAUGCGGGUGGUUCUGUGUCGCUGGAGAGCGGUGCGGCGAGCGCGAACAGCGGCAGCAUUACGGUAUCCAGCGCAGCUGCAACGAGCUCGAGCUUGAGCGGCAACGUGGACAUUGGUUCUGGCGAGGCGGUCUCGGGCGCAUCAGGUUCGCUGUCGGUCGUGUCUGGCCUCAGCGCUAGCGGAUCGAGUGGGUCUGUGGUCGUGGCUAGCGGUGUUGCUAGCUCGUCCGAUGCAGGCGGCGUAGAGAUCCGAGGCGGGUCGACUGGCAGCUUGAGCGCACGUGGAGGCUCUGUAACGGUGUCAUCUGGUCAGGACGGCGUGGUGAGUCUGUCUAGCGGCGAUCGGCGUACUGCUGAUGGUGGCUCGGUCGAAAUUGUGGCCGGAACUGGCACGCUCAGCAGUGUGGGUGGCGGGUCGGUGAGUGUUCGCGGCGGCUCUCUGAGCGCGUCUUCGGGCCUUGCGGGCGAUGUUGCCUUGUCCGGUGGUGCUGCGUCUACGGGCGCGGCGACUGGUGGCGUUGUUUCUCUUGACGGCGGUGCGAGUGAGGCUGGCGUCGGUGGCGGCGUGGCCAUUUCGUCUGGAGCAGGCUUGCUGGGCAGCGGUGACGUGCGC